ACCUGCCAGUGAAGAACCGGAAGGAUACAGUUUGAGUGGAUUCUACUUACAUUUUUAAGAGAUAAACAUCGAAAAGAUACUAAUCAAAACGCAUAUGCACCUGUGAUGAGGUGAGUGACCAUGGCGCAGCACUAUGAUGGUCUGUCCCACUGUAAGCUGGCCCUUGUGUUUGCCAUAUUGAUGGACCUGCUAGGUGUGUCUGCUCUGCUGGUGGGGGUCUUCGCCCCAUUAGAGAUUAAGGGACAGGACUUUGGGGACCUGCUGGUGUACUCUGGGGCUCUACUGAUGCUCAUGUCCCUGGGAGGCUGGGUCAUGUGGUACAGCGGGAACAUCGAGGGCCUGACCUCCAGGAAGGAGCUAGGGGGAACCAUGGGUGCCAUGGACCGGCUGGCCCGCUCCCUCAGCCGCAGGAUACGACUCCCCAGGAGCCACAGCAGCCCCUCAUGAUGCUUCAUGGCCAGGCGGAGGAGAAGGGCAUGGUUGUAGGGGAGGGUCCUCAGUGUCUCCAUUAGACUAUUGGCCCCUGACAGUCAAACUGCCUGGGGGUCCGAGAGCGGUAUUGUUAGCAUUGAGGGAGUGCUAUUAAAUGCGGGCAGGAGGGAGGAGCACCCUUCUCAAAUCGAACAGUAAUCUCGCCACUCGGUCAUGUUGUCAUCAUGUUGUUCACAUUUUCAAACUAGUUUCAUUAGGAAGGCAGAUAAAGCCUUUUUAUCAAAAGCAAUCAUUUUUGUAUGUGAAAACACAGAAUCCUACUCAUUACUCCACUACUUCGUCAUUUUUUUUUUGAGCUGACUUCGACGUCGGCCAAAACGGGGCACCGGGCUCACGACCAGGAGGAAGCCCGGUUCCGAAACGAAUGUAAUCAACGCUAACCCGCUUCACCCGGGGCAUUAAUAAGAUUCCGUUUUUAAGAUACAUUUUUUAUAGAACUCCCUCAUUCAUUAACCCAAGUUCUACCGCCUCCAUGGUGGAAGAGACUUACAUACUGCUUGUUCACUAGUGUCAAGUACAAGAUGGAAAAACUGUUGGUCAUUGCUUUUUAUUGUGACUUGACCUUUGCUAAAACACCUCUGGUAGAUAAUAGAAUUGUACAGGAUUUUAAACGAUCAAGCAUGAUGGAGGCUAUUCAUAGUUCAUACUUGGUUGGUUUGUUUAGGCUUGAAUCUGUACAGCAUUGGUAUUUAUAUUAAUAGUAAUCCAUGUGAUGUGGUUUUCCUUUAAUCGUAAUAGGGUUUUUGUAUUAAAUGAUACAAUUUUAUUAAACUA